AUGGCUCCGAAGGCUGCGAGUACCACAAUCCUCGACGCGCUUCAAGAUUUCUUUCUUGUCAUUGCCACCAUCCCACAGUGGCAAGCCCUCGAUGACAAGAUAGUUACACGGAACAAGCUCAUCUUGAGAGAUUCUACGAGAAUCAUCUAUGAAUGUGCCAACAAGGAAAACCUGCGCCAAUCGAAGCAUCUCGGCGAUGAUCUGUUGCAAUGGAUCGGUAAAGAUUGCCGAACGUAUGACUCCCGACCGAACGACAUUCCCCUCGCAUUCUUCGAGUCUACAACAUACUCUCAACCAGCCCCCAUCCUUCUUCGACAUCGACCAUCAUGCGCAAACCUUGUUACCGACCCAAACACCCUCCGGAAGUACCUCACGCUGGACACCGACGAUGCAACCUCUAAACGGCUCCCGAAAAAGAAAGAGCCUGGUAAUCGUCCUCCCAAGCGAUAUCUAUCCGACGAUGAUGAGUCGAGCGGCCUUCGCCCCGACCCAACCUCGAAGAAGUCUCGACCUGGCCCAGCUUCCGUCCAACAAGCAGGCACCAAUCAUGCCCUCCAGCGAACAGCACAACACAACCAGUCACAACGGAACCCCGCUAUCGUUAAACCUAAACCGGUGAAACCGUCCCAGUCGGUUCAAGAGCAGGCUCAAGAUGCAGUGGCAACCGACGGAGGGGAUCGUCACAACGAAGCUGACGAUGUAGGCCAGUCCGCCGAACGCGAAGCUGAGCUCGCCCCUGCCACACACAACCCUCGAUAUCCGAUCAGAGCUCCGAAUCGUCAUGAUUUACCUUCGACAGACCCCGCCCGGGAUCUUGCCGACCUCGUUCAGCUACAUAUCAGCCAGACCGCGAGCCUCAACGAGCUCCAAGGCCACUGUCGGGUACUCAUGGACUACUACUCACGGGAGAGGAACUACUAUCGAGUGCAGAACUCCGAGCUCAGAGAGGAGGUCGAUGCCCAUAAGGCCAAGAUCAAGACGUUGAAGGACAACAUUGACCAGAUUCGCGCGUUCAUAGGCUUUGGUCCGGCUUUCAAACAGCAAUCCGAACGGCAGUCUCACCCGCCACAGCGCCCCCACUCCGUUCCCGCGGUUCCCCAUAGACAAUAUCCAACCCUCGACCCCCAGCAAGUACAAUCGAUGGAACCCCUGCAACCCGAUCGACUUCUUCCCGGUACAACGCCUUCAGGACCUCAACACAACGCGAAUACCUUCGACAAUUCAACCGGCUUUUCCGAAUCUAUGAAUUUCCAAGGAAAUCAAUUUAACAAUGCCUCUGCUUAUCCCCCCUUCCCCGCUGCUCCUUCCUCUCAAGACAAGGUGUUCAAUGGGAACUCAACGAGCAUCGACCUCCUGUCCCAAACCCCUCAACCCGUUACUCUCGCCCAAGCCUCGUCCGGUACCAUGUAA